GAAGCCAGGACUCCUGGGUUACAUAUCUACUCCUGCCCCAGUGUUUGUUCAACACACCCCAGGCUAGUUAUCACCUGCCUUUGUUUCACUUUCAGCCAAGCCCUGGGGGAAGCAGAGAUGAAGCCCUGGGGCACCCGGAUCCUGCUGAUCGGGGCGUUAUUUUUGCUAUCAUACACUGUGAGGCUCAAGCAGAGACAGACCCCGCAGGGGACCCCCAGCCCCGGCCCCGGCCCCGGCCCCGGCACGGUGGAGCUGCCCGACGGGACCUUCACCUUCCGCUUGGAUCCCGCCGCCUUCCGGGCCGAGUUCCCCCAGCUGCAGAGCUACCGGUGCCGGGAGCUGAUCCCAGGGGACGGGGUUUGCACCGGGGCCCCGGGGCCGCCCCUGCUGCUCCUGGCCGUGAAAUCCCACCCAGCAUCCAGCGCCAGACGGGCCACCGCCCGCCGCACGUGGGCCCGGCCCGGGGUGCUGGGGGGCUACCGGGUCCGAGCCGUCUUCCUCCUGGGGAUGUCCCCCGAGCCCCGGCACAUGGCCCUGCUGGAGGAGGAGAGCCAGGAGUUCGGGGACGUGGUGCUGUGGGAUUUCGCCGAGAUCCACCACAACCUGUCGCUCAAGGAGCGCUGCUUCCUGCGCUGGGUGGGGGCGCGCUGCGGGCAGGCCGAUUUCAUCUUCAAAGGGGACGAUGACGAGUUUGUGAACCCCCCCGCCCUGGUGGCCUACGUGCUCCAGACGCCCAACGCCGCCCACGUCAUCCACGGCAACAUCCAGCGCCAUUCGGUCGUGAUGAGAGGGGGGAAAUAUCGCGUCUCCUCCGCCCUGUUCCCCCAGGGCAAAUACCCCAACUUCCCCUCCGGGGGCGGGUUCCUCCUGCCCAGGGCCAGCGUCCCGGGCCUGGCCGCGGCCUCCGAGCGCAUCCCCGUCUUCCCGCUGGACGACGUCUACUUGGGCUUCCUGGCGCUGGCCGCCGGGCUGCGGUACCGGCACGACGACCGAUUCCGGGUGUUCGGCAUGAAGGAUGAGCUGUGUCUGUACGGGGAGGCCGUGUUGGUGCACGGGGUGUCGCUGGACAGGGUGGAGGAGGUGUGGAGGGGGUUGUACACGGAGCGACGGUGCAACGGGACGGGGCCUCUCCCCUCUUAGGGGGGCAGGGAAUGGGGCAGGGGCCCGUCCCCUCUGGGAGGUGCCAGUAACAUGGGAGUGGCUGGAUGGCGGCACAGAGACACAUGGGGACAGGGGGAGGGGGUGUCUGAGUGGGGGCGGACGGACACAUAUGAGCCGGGGUGCAAGGACACCUGGGGGUGCAGGGACACAUGGGGAUGGGGCAGAUGUGCCUGCCUGAAUGGCAGAGGCGAGGGGCAGCCAGGGUCUGCCUGGGGGAGGCUCCCUAACAAUUCCCCCCCCCACCAGCCCCAAAAACCCGUUCCACGCUUUCCCCCACCCAAAACCCCAAUUUACUGCCCUCCGUGACCCCGACUCCCCCCACCCUGUGUGGGGCACCCGAGGGGCGCGGGGAACACGGGUCCAGGUUGCAGUUUAGAGGAAUUCUGACUCCCAGCUCUGCCUUCGUACGCCCCGUAGGGAAUCGAUUUGUCAAAAAAAAGCAUUCCCUGCCUCGUUUCCGUUGGCUGGAUUGUUCCCAACGCACUGGCUGAUGGGGAUUUGGCAAUACCUGAAACGGGCGCGAUUCGGUCGUGUUAUUUCUGACACGCAAAAGGUGCAGGAUUUGAAACCAGGCUGCGCAGAAUCGUUCCUUUCUGGGGGGCGCAGAAUUCCCCCCGGGAGUAAUUGGGGCAUUUGCGUUUUCUUCCCUGAAUAAAGCACCGUCCAUUGGUCUUUGUCCAAUUUCAGUCCGGCGGCGACACCCCAGUUCUAGCCAGACCCCUCUGCAUUUCAGCUCUGUCCCCCACAACGGGUUGGCAACACCCCUGUGACGGGUGGGGUCCCAGAAACCCCCUUGGGAACGGCCCCCAGAUGUGCUGAGAGACCCCCGAGCCCCUUUUCCCGGCCAGCCUGGGACUUCACUGCCCUGCCUGGUCGGAGCCAGACGCGCCGGCCUGCUGCAACCCUGCCCCAGGCCUGACCCACGCCCCCCAGAGCUGCAGGCGUCACUGAUCAUGGCUUAAGAAAUUCUCCUGUCUCCAGCCCCCA